UUCCCCGUUGAGGCGGACGAGGCGCGAAAUGACUUACGAGAAGAGUGACACGUUCUACGAUCUGGACCGCAUCUAUUCGACGAUCGAGAGGAUGUUGGUGCUUAUCCGACAGCUGUCCGGGGUUUCGCGGCUGGGCGAAAGUGGCCGCUCGAUGUCCGUCGAGCUUCAGCUGUUGAAUUCCAUCGACGAUCGGUCGUACCAGAUUGAAGAGCUACAAGAAGCCGUCGGCUAUCUGUUUGGACAGUUUCGUAAGAUCUACAUGGUCAACAAGGAUUUGUACGUUCAAUUGAACAAGCGAGGGGGACGGAUUUUCGAGCUAGAGAAGCAAAUCCGAGACCAGGCGGAGACCAAGUGCCUGUAUUAUAUGGCGGAUGUCAUCAAAUAUGAACCUUCACUUUUGGCCAUGCAGCGGGUUCUGGACCGGACCAUGAGAGAAAUAUGGAUCUUUAGGAAGCAACGAAAUAAACACAAACUUGAACUGUGUGUCAGCCAUGUGAGAAAUGAGAACUACGACAAAGCGUUUGAUGAAUUUUUCUCGUUCGAAAACAGCAUCGAGCAGCUGCCGGAGAUAGUGAGCGAGGUAUUCGACAAAUCAAUCAAGAAUUUGAUUAAACUUCUACUGUUCCUGAAGGGUUAUUACCAUUUGCGGAAACCCAAUUCGGAAGAAACAUUUGUCACUGGAUGCGAUUGCAUUGUCCAAUAUUUGAAGAGUUCCGUUAUGUUCCGUCGAGUAGAAACACUUAUGAUAUAUAGUGCGGUAAGUGAAGUCUUGAAAGAAGAAAAUCAUUUUCUAGAUUUUCUUCAAGAACGAUUAGAGCUUAUAUUGAUAGACUUAUCCGACAACAAAAAUAUAGCUGUCGCACAAAUUCAGCACGAUUCCGAGGAGUCUAGCGAAUUCGCCAAACUGUCGAUGUACAUUUCAAAUGAGCUUCUAAUUGAGCUCAUUCGCAGAGCCUAUCAGGGAUCAACAGUUCACCUGAAAAAUAUUCUCAAAUUUGUUUCGAACAUCUCCUGCAUCAGUCAGAUGGUUUUGUGCUAUCAAGAAUUGCAUUCCGAAAUGCGGCGGUUGAAGCUGUCGCAAUCCAGCUCGAUUUUCCUGUUUGCAGUGCACCUCAAAAAUACCAUGCAGAGUCCAAAAUUUCACUCGAGCGCUCAUUCAGUCGAACUCGAAGAGCUUAGGGCCAUUCUUUCGCCGCACGUGAGCAGUAUUGUUUGGAAGCAGGUCAGCAUUUCUCGCCACGAGUCCCGAGUUCUAAUGAAGUGCGGUGGUCUUAGCAAAGGGAUAGGAUUUUCACGUUACACGGCAUGUAAGAAUCGCUUCGAGCUGGAACCGAUCGAGGAAGGGGACUCCUUCCGGAUCAGGAACGUGGCCACCAAUACCUGGCUGGUGGAAGCCGGUGGUCGUCUGGUAGUCGUCGGUUCAAAAUAUGACCAUACCAAGGUUGAGGGCCACUGGAAGUUGCUUCCGGUGGAAGAGUGUAGCUAUUUUAGGAUAAUGAAUGCGUUCAGUGGUAGAUAUAUCUAUUCCAACAUUUCCAGCAGCGAGCCGUACGAUUUUUACAACUGCCCAGAGAUGAUAAAACUCACUAAUGAUGAAUCAGUAUUAAACGAGAACAAUUCAAAUUGGAAAAUCGAAGAGUUCCUUAAAGAUGCGAAGGGGGAUUCAGAAUGCGUGAUAUUAUGAAAUAAAUAAACGUACAUGUCAA